GUGGAUAAGCAAGCUCAGGGAACUUCUUCGCUCCCUAUCAUAUUAUUUUGUUACGAGAGUUCACAAUGAAAGAUACAAAACCCCAUCGUGGGAAUUUCAAGUACCAGAUCAUUUUAAAUUAACAGAUGAAGAUAUCGACAGAUUCGUUAAAAUAUUGAAACCAUGCAUAGAACAGGCAUUGUUCAAUAAAGUUGGCAUGCAAGAUACGAACCUGACUCUGCAAUAUUUGGCUUCUCUCAGGCCAAAUAUCAUUAUUCCAAUGACACUAGAAAAAUUGUAUUCUUCAAUGAGUAGCCUUACAGAACCACAUAAAUUGACAUCAUCAAUGAUGGCUGUUAUUGCUUGUGGAAGAUAUUUUCCUGCUUCAGCAACACAGGAAAUAUUAGAUGAAUUCAAACCAAGAAUGUGUGCUUUCAAUAGUGCAGAAAUGGCAAGGACUGUCAAAUGCCUGGAAUUAUUUUUACCGUUUUGUACUAAACCUGAAGAAGCUGACAUUGGUUACAAAUUAUGGUUUGAAGAACUCAUGACCUUAUGGGAUGUUUGUCAUGAUGAUACUGCUUGGGAAAAU